CUGGAAAGUUUGCAGACUAAUCAGCGAAGAAGUUCAGGAGCGAAAGUACGGAAUUAGUAAACGUUUCAACUCUUCAGGUGCAUAAUUAUAUUUCUGCUCACGUAAGUUCAUAUGUGUCGCUAAACAUAUAUUCGUAAUGUUUUUGGUCUGCUUCUGUAAUCAGUUCGUGCGCAGGAGGUGAAGUUAGCGGCACGUGCAAGAAGUCGUCGGGAGUUUUGCGUCAUGAUUUUUAGCGUGUAAAGAUCUUUAUUUUACGAUGGAUGAGAUGCAGUCAGAUUCACCAAACAACGUUGAUGGGGAAAAGAUGAAGAAGAAAAAGAUAAGUAAAACUACUGAGCAGCAUGAACUCACUGAGAGUCCACAGGAACAGACUGAGAAACGCCGUAAAAAGAAGAAGAAGAAGAGGAGAGACAGUACAACUGAAUGUGAUGAUGAUCUGCAAACAGACACAGGCAAAAAGAAGAAAAGGAGAAAGCUGGAUAAUGAAGGCGAGACUUCAGUGAUGGAUGAUGGAGUCUCAGAUCAGCAUGAAGCACAAACACAAGAGCUCCCGGGUUCAAGUGAAGAGAAGACUUCUAGGAGAUUGAAAGCGAGAGUAAGUGCAACACAGACAAGCCAUGCAGAGAUGACAGAAGAAGAACAGACUGACACCGAGACAGAGCAUGAGGAAGAGCCAAACACGAGUGAUGAUGAGGAAAGCGGCCCGCCUGAUGUGGUGAUCGGCACUGGAUGGCGCAAAUCUCGCAAGAUUCCAGUAGAUUUGAAGCUCCUGGCUGAACUGAAAGAGUUUUGCCCGAAUACGGCGAUAGAAUCUCAAAGCGAUACUGAGAUAAAUAAAAUGAUCAAGUAUGACCUGCCAAGAUUCAGAGAAUUCAAGAAACAAGGCAUCGCAAUGAGACAUGGAAGAUUUUCUAAAGCAGAAAAUGAGAAGUUAAGACAGAACGUAAGCGACCUUCUGGCUCUCACACAACUGAAAGAUGCGGUCAUGCUCUUUCAUCCCAAACGGUUCCUAAAUGAGGAAAUGAAAUUGGCAGAGUUGAAAAGGAUGUACGGGUUUUAUCAAAAGAUUGCGGAAGGAAUUCCCAGACCAUGUCAUGAUGUUUACACUCGUGGAAAGAAGAUGUUUGAUCACAGACAUUAUAAGGGAAAUUUUACUGAAGAAGAAGACAAAAGAUUGCUGAAAUACUAUAAUCUGUAUGGCCCGAAUUGGAAAAAAAUUUCUGAAAAGACAGGUCGAAGUUCUUUCUCCCUUAGGAAACGAUUUCCACAAAUUAGUUCGGUUAAAAGAAAGGGACCGUGGACUCCUGAGGAGGUGCAGAGGCUUUUAAGGGCUGUGCGUGAGCAUGUUUUGUCUGUCCUGAAAUCUGCAAACCCUAAUAAAAAGAAACCAAAAAGAGUCAGAAGAGAAAUACUGUACGAAAAUUUGCCCUGGACCACAAUUGCUGAUAAAGUUGAAACUCGUUGUUAUAGGCAAUGCAGAGAAAAAUGGAUGUCCAUACUCUUUACCCGAAUGUCCUCAGGGACUACAUUUAGAGGAAAAGCAGGUCUGCUGGCCAAAAUUAGACUCAUUAAAGCGAUGUAUGAAAUGCAAGUGGAGGAUGUUGCAGAUAUUGACUGGGAAAGUCUCACAGCUGCUUUCGGAAAUGUCCCUCCAGCACAUGUUCAAAAAAUGUGGCGCAAAAUUAAAAACUACUAUCUGCCAGAUUGGAACAGCAGGAGUUUUAAAGACAAUGUCUCACAUCUCCAUAAGAACAUUUUGCCGUGCCUGGUGAGUAGUUGCAAAGGCUUUGAUGUCAAUGCGGUCAAGGUAGAGCAGAAGGAACUAUUCCGGCUAUCAAAAAUUUUUAAGGACAUUGAGGAAGAUGGCCAGGACAUUGAGGAAGAUGGCCAGGACAUUGAAGAAGAUGGCCGUGAUGGAGAUGAAGAGACUGGCGAGCAGGAGAACAACAGCUUUAAUUAAUAGUGAGCAAUCGGUCACGGUCUCCAGACCAAUGAUUUAAAAAAAAGAAGUUGUACAUAGUUUUUAUAAAUUCGUUUUAUUCUUGGGUUUUACAAUUGAGCAGGAAAUAAACUGAAUCUGUCAAAGGU